GCUGAAAGCCUUCAUAUUCUUACUCUCCGCGUUUCAAGACUUAGUCAGAAGCCAUAAUGUAACAGUGCAACUUGAAGCAGUUCUGAGGGAUUUUUCUGACCAAUAGCAAGGAAAGUCAGGCACAGAAAUCAGUAAGCAGAAGAGGGUGAGAAUGUGCUUAGAGUGUAGGAAGGCCCGAUCCCGUGUGGCAGCUCAGAGCAGACGGGAGAAAGAAAGCCAGCUGUUUAGAGAGUUAGCGGCCCUGCUGCCCCUGGCCCCAUAUGAGGCAGAUCAGCUGGAUAAAGCUUCUGUCAUCAGAGUUACAAUCUCCUACUUGCACCUCAGAGCUCUACUGGGCAUUCCUGACUCCACUGCAGUAGAAGCUAUGAUGCAUCCUGUCUCAGCAAGUCAGGGGGAGUUACCAGAAUCAAUCAAGAAGUGGUUACUAGAUACACUUGAAGGAUUCCUGCUCUUAAUGUCCUUGUGUGGCAAGAUUAUCUUCAUCACAAAGGAUGUCAUCUCUCAUAUAGGAAUCAAACAGAUGGAUUUGAUUGGCCGGAGUUUGUUUGAUUUUAUUCAUCCAUCCGAUCACAAGGAGAUCAAAGAGAUUCUUACAAGCAUAAUAGGGAGCGAAGACCAGCAGAAGUGUGAGGUUUUCUUCCGAAUCAAAGGUGCAGUCAAAAACAUGCUGACUCCCUGGCAGGUGAUUCACUGCACUGGAAACAAAAGGUCGUCAUCUAUUCCAGGAUCCAGCUAUCUGCUUCUCCUGUGCAGAUCAUUACCUGUGCAAGAAGUCAUUGAGAUGGAGGCUCAUCUGAAUUUCAAAACAUUCCUGAGCAUCCAUGAGCCAGACAUGAAGUUCACCUACUGCCACUCUGGGGUCUUGGAACUGACUGGCUUUAGUGACAUUGAGCUGUACGGUCAGUCUGUGUACCAGUACUAUCAUCCUUCUGAUUGCCAGCAUAUCUUCAAGGCACACCUCUGUUUAUUCUCAAAGGGCCAGGUGUACACUGGGAAGUAUCGGCUCCUACAGAAGCACGGUGGCUACGUUUGGGUAGAGACGGACGCCACAGUUGUGUACAACGUUCACACAGGGAAGCCAGAGAGAAUCGUGUGCAUCAACUAUAUUCUAAGUGGAGUGGAGCUUCCAGAUGUGGUGUUUUCACUGGAACAGACACAGUGCCUGCUGAAUGCCUUCCAUGCACCGUACACUUCGAUGACACGUAAAGAGACCAAUCAGGCAACAUCUAAAACCACUGACAAGAACAGCAGCCUUGUGGCCUCUCCCUGUGAGAGAGACGAACCAACCAACAGCUGUACUGAGAUUUUGCACAAGACUGCUUUGUGUGGCUCACUUUCCAACGACAUGCGUGACCUGGAUUUGGAUAGUCUAGCCCCAUACAUUCCCACCCAUGAAGAGGACUUCCAUUUAACUCCUAUUUUAGAUGGAGUGGCAAGUGAUUCAGUAUUAAACAGACACCCGCCCUCUCUUAGUGAGACAUGGUUAACUCUGGACCAAAAGCUGCCCACAGAUUCAGAAGCAAUCUGUUUCCACAGGCUAAAUAUAAACGAGAACCGUAUGCUCAGUUCAUCAAGCCAAUGGCAUGAGAGCACACACGCAAUGAACAAAAAACAACAGGAGCGGUUUAAGAAUCAAAUCUCCAUUCCUGAAAAAAAGAGCGAUCAUUGGACAGACGUCUCUCAACAUCUCACUAAAUCUUCCUCAGAAAAUUUUGAUGGAAGAACAGUCUGGACUUGCAGCCAGAGUUACGCAGAGCCAGUGCAUUUGGCCUACAAAUAUGCCGAGCUCUCGUGGUGUCCUCUGGGAUCUUCAACGCAACAUAGCAACCAAAACACAGAGGAAAAAAUGCCCUCAAUGCUAGUUAACUUGCCUGUACUGAGCAGGUGGGAAUGUGAAGUGAAUGCACCCCUGGGACCCACUUCACACUUGCUUCAAGGGACUGAACUCACCAAUGUCCUGGAUCAGGUUGCUUCAUGGGGGUGCUGGUACUAAUGAAGGUGAUGCAGGAGCCUGUAUAAAUGUCUAAAAUGUGCUUAGAGCCAGAUGCAUUACACUUCCACAGUACAGUUACAUUACGGGUGAUUCCACAAUUGGGGUGACAUUUGUGUCCCGCUGAUAUUCCAUUUACAAAUAUGUAUUUAAAGGUAAAAGAGAAUUCAGACAUAUAACUUAACCGUUAUAUAUUAUAUAUUGAAAUGUAAUCUGUAAAGUUCUUCGAAAAAUCAUAUUAUUAUGCAUUAAUGUGUGAAUCCAUUUAUCAUCUCAUGCUCCAUGAGUCAGCCAUUAUAGGUUAUGAAACAUGUACAUAUUUGUGUCCACAACCCACAACCCUGUUACCUGAACACAUUCAACUCCAUGAAAUAUUUGUAAUAUUCCACAAGUCAAAUUUUCAACAGGAAUUUGCAUCAACCAAAUUUCCUGAAGAUCAUGGGAAGAAGAAAUGUAAGCUGUUUCAUUCUUUUUUCAUUAUUUUCAGUGAUCUUGUGAUAUUGACCGAUGAGGUCCUUUGAAAGUACAAACCCUGUUAUGCAAAUUACAGAUUGAAAGUACAUAAUUAAAAAAAAAUCAUUUUAACAAAUCAUUAGAAUAUCCUUAAUGUUCUUCUGCCAUUAGCACAGAUGCUAGCUAAUCACAUUUUUUUAUAUUUGCUAAUUCUAUGCUAAAAUACCCUCAAAUCUGUUAAUUUCAAGUUCAAUGUUCAAAAAUUAAAAAAAAAAAUUUUGAAUAUUUUUUAACAAGUUCAAGGGCUAUAUUGCACUGCAUUUGUGGAAUCAUUCCUAUUUUUGUCUUAUUUUGUUUAACCAGUCUUGUGAAAUGUUUGGUAUAUAUAUUAGCAUUAGGUAAUACAAUUAGUGUUUAAUGGUUGUGUUUAAUGUUGUCAUAUUGUGUAGUAUUCGAUAUAUUAGUGUAUUUUCCAAUAUUAGUGUAUUCCUCAGAAUUCACAGUUUUGCACUGGUGUUGUGCUUUUAUCCAUCUGCUUUGUCAGAAUAUAACACCCAACAUGCAUUAUAUAAAUAUGCCAUGCAAAUAAAAUCAGGAAUACACUAAUAAAUGCAUUAGUGCUGCUAGCUAGCUGUAGUGGUGUAUCGCUCAAGGGAAAGUAUCCAUCCCAAAGCAGUUGGAGUCCUUCAAGAAUAAUAUUUCUGAAUCUGGCUUAAGUAUUCCUUAAAUGUGAACAUGAAAAGUAAUUAGUGUCAAACAAAUUAUGGCAUUUGAAACUAAUGAUAGUCUUAAUGGCUAGAUAUAGAGUAUAUGGCAAUAGCAGAUAUUUAUUCAUACUAUAUGCUAAAGUGUAGUACACCUGCAAGCUGGGAUUACCUACAGCAGUGUUUCCCUUCUCAGGGAGAGUUUCAAGUAGAAUCCCUUUAGAAGGCUAAGAACCAUUUUUGUAAGAGUAUAUGUACACUAUACAGGCAUACACAUGCUGGAUACAAGCAUGCUUACAUCAGACGCAUCAUAUGCAAUUUUUUUCAGUUUAUUUU